UAACGCACAAAGAUAACCCUAAUGUCGUGCAUUUCAAACAAGAUACAUCCAUGUCAGAGUUAUACGAGCUCAGCGACGAUCCUAGACGGAAAGAAUUUUUAGACGACCUAUUUAAUUACAUGCAAAAAAGGGGUACGCCGGUCAAUCGGAUACCCAUCAUGGCAAAGCAUGUGCUCGAUCUCUACGAGUUGUACAGGUUGGUAGUAGCCAGAGGCGGUCUAGUCGAAGUCAUCAACAAAAAAAUAUGGAGGGAAAUCACAAAAGGUCUCAACCUACCUUCCUCCAUUACGAGUGCUGCCUUCACGUUACGGACGCAAUACAUGAAGUACCUGUAUGCGUAUGAGUGCGAGAAGGAGAAAUUGAGCACGGCCGAAGAGCUGCAGGCAGCUAUUGACGGCAACAGGAGAGAAGGCCGACGGUCCAGUUACGGUCCGUAUACCGACAUAGUCUCAGCAAAUAGGAACUCUCAUCAUCCUCAACUCUCCUCACAUGCCUCCCCGCUCAGCCUGGUGUCACGGCACAUGAAUGGGCACGGCUCGAACCCAGGACUGUCGUCAGGUAGGGGUUCGUCGUCGCCUCUUCCCCUCACAUAUUAUCCGCCGCACAACAGCACGCAACUGCCCAUAAAUUUGGCACAGCCGCAAGAAAAUGGCAUCUAUGGUAAUCACGCACUCUCGUCAGGUUUUUCUAAUUACUCUGCUCCGCCAUGGAAUAUUCAAGCAUCAUUUCAUUCAUUCGUGAACUUAUGUAAUGCAUGUGACAAAGCCCAAAACGGCGAAGAAGACAACUGCAACAGCAUCCCGUCCACUCCCAAUCCUAUGGUGAUGCCACAGCAGGAGGCCUUGAACCUGGAAGUUUCCCGGAAUUCGACGACGAGCGAACACAGGCCCCUCAACAUGGCGUCACGAAGGUCUCACGGAGACGAGAGCGUGACUCCCGCCAAACGGCUGCUCACAGAAGAAGAGAGGCUCACUUCACGAUCGAGUAUGCCCAGCACCCACAUCAAGAUCACCAACAAUCGAGGCCCGGACGGUAGGACGCAAUCGGAUGGUUCCUUGAUGGUGAGCAUGGAAGUGAACGGCAUCAUGUACCAAGGUGUGCUCUUCGCGGCUCCAAACCACAGAAAUCGCCUUUAACGGACGAGUCGCCUCCACCGCCUUUCGUGCCUUCGAUUUACUUAAAGAAAUUAAAUAAAUAAAAACAAAAACAUUUCGAUCGAGAAAGAAGAACCCAAGCAUUCUCCCUGGACUUGACGUGAUACGAGCAGCAGCUUCUUUGCCAAACUGCAAUCUCUCUCUCUCUUUCUCCGGAAUAAACAAAGACGUGAAGUUUUAGAUCUCCUUUCUUUCCUUUUAAAAUCGUCAUAACUCUCAAUCUGAAGACUUUUAUCAAAAAGGUGGUAUAACCCGCCUGGACGCAGCUAGCGCGCCGCAGCUAAAUCAGCAGAGGAGUGAAGAACUAUUUGUGGACGCUUUCAAUCAAAUGUAUAUUUGUACUCGCAUGAAUUCAGUUGUGCAUUUGUUAUUUCAUGUCGUUCGUUGACUGCAAAAGAUGGACGCUUUUUUUACAAAUUCAAAAUUCUGUAUUUGAAAUAAAUACCCAUACUAGAAGACUUCGUUCAGUACAGAAGAUAGUGCAGUAAAAAGCUUAUGGUAAACUUUGGUGGUCCCUUUUUUGCCAGAUUUGGACAUGACUGUAAAAAAUUUCGGAUUUUGUCUAUAUAUUUUGCAGUCAGAAUUUCAUACAACCAGAACAGAGGCAACAUUCUGGAUAGAAGAAAGGGAAAAUAGUUAGUCAGGUCUAGUUACUACUAAUGAUAUAUUAAAAAUUUGGUUAGCAUCUAAAGAGAAACUUUAAAAUCAAAAUUUUGUAAAUACUAGGACAAGUAAUCAAUUUUCCAUAACGCUGAUAUUAAUUUUUUUAUAAUUGUUUCAUUCUUAUCUUAAAAGUAUAGCACUUGAAAUGUAUUUGAAUCGUAAUUUAAAGAAAAAAAAAAAAAAAAAAAAAAAAAAAAAACAGUGUCUAACUUGGCGAAAGGGGCCAUCGAAAAAUGAUGAUCAGAACUAUUUUAAAUAGUGGUAUAUUACUAACUUUCACCUUUACCUUUAAUGUUUGAAUGCCCAGUCAAGUUAACAAAGAAAAAAGUAAUUUAUUUAUUUUUUUUUUUUUUUAAUCUAUCUUUAAAUAAAUGAAUCUUGCUUCCAUAGCACUUAAAUAAUGAAGGUUUUAAAUCAUCAUAUUUUUGCCUAUUGUCACUUCCGAAAAGUCUACAUCUACAUAUUCUUAAAUGCUGAAAAUGGAAAACCCGUGUAUCUUUUUAUUUAAAAGGUAACGUUUCUCUACAUCAGAUUUUAGACUAUGUCUCAUUUUCCAUCAAUGGAAGUUGUUAUACAAAUGCUCUGCCAAAGGUUUUUCUCCUCAAUUGUAAAUAAAUACAUCGCGAAAAAGUAGUCUAAGCAUAAGUAUUUCUUUUAAAUCACCUUAAUUUUUAUCUAGGAUGUUUCUAAACUAAACCAGAGAGAUAAUAGUUGCUCAUUGUUCUCUUUUUAUAAAUACUCUUUAAGUGUAAAUGUUUCAUUUUAUUAGAAUAUUUAACUUUUUCAGAUACAUCAUUGCACAUUUUUUUUUCGUUUUUGACUCUGACUUGUAAUGUGACAGCUCCUUUGGGUUUUUGCUUAAUGUUUGCUUUUAAAUUUCCUCAUUUUAAACCUUUCAGAGAAAAUAUUUUAAGUUAAAAAAAAAAAUGUAUUUAUUUUAUUUCGUCGCUGUUGAUUUCAUGCUAUCGGGAGAAUUUGUUUUCGAGCAGAUAGGCAUAGGCUGUUUUGUUAAAGUGAUUUCUUAACGAUGGUUAUCGUAAUAUUAAAAUGUUUGUUGAGUUCCUUGUUCAUGUAUUUAUUUUUUUUUAAGUGACCUGUCCGAAUGCUGCUGAAAGUGUGACUGCUGUUUAGAGAGAUGUAUGUUGUUUUAUUUGGGGGUGUAUGAAGGGCCGCACAGAAUCUCAGGGAAAAAUUCUAUGUUCUGUUUAGUUUUUCUCUGUGCGGCCUUUGUUUCAAUUCAGCAGUUUUUGUUUACGUCAAUAAUUUGUAAAAGACACGAACGAAGUCAGCUUGAAAAUAAAAAUUUUAGAUCAAGUUUAUAUUUAGGAAAAUAUAUGACACGAUAAAGAAGAAUUAUGAUGAUUAGCAAAUUGAUGAUAGUUUUUGAUUCAAAAGAAACAACAUUUUUUCAAACGGUCCAUAAUUCAUAUCUAUUAAUAUUAAUUAUUUAAAUUAUUUUAGCUGUCUUCAAGUUUUAAUAUCGUUUGAAAAGAGUCGAUAUCUUUCUAAUUAUCACUUGUCAAUAAAUCUGAUAAUUUUCAUUAAUUACCCAUCAUAUAUUUUAAAAAGAUGCUACACUAUUUGAGAAAAAUGAUUAUUAUUUUGAAUCAAGCACGAAUGGCUUUUAUCGAAAGGAACAUUAAACAUAUGAUUACAAAUUGAUGAGUUUUUAUGUGAUAUUUUUAUCACUGGUGAUGUCAUUAUUUUGAACGCAGCUUUCAUAUACAAGUAAAUGAUUUUUUCUGCUUCACAGAAUCGUUUCAUCAGGAAAAGAAAAAAAAAUACUUAAAAAUUGUCACCCUUAAAAAAAAUUGUGUGACAAGUUAUGCGACUUUAAAAAAUUAUGUGCAUUCAGAAUGGUUAUUUCCUCUUAAAAAUAACUGGCAUUUAAAAAGAAAUUGCGUUGAAAAAUAAUAUUUGAAGCAAUAUUUUUUUCAUUACUAUUCCAUAUGACAAAAAAAAAAAAAAAAAAAAUCCCCUUCGUCGAAUUUUUUUAUCGACUGCAUUUUUUUAAAAAGAAGAUGCAAGGGUAUUUUCUGUAGGACUAAUUCAGUCAUGUGAAAAUUAAAUGAACAUUUUAUAUUUAAUAACUCACUUAAAAACUUUAUUCAUUUCGGUAUCAAAUUAUCCAAAUUUCUUGAUAAUUUUCUUUUAUUAAGAAACCGUAUUAAAUUAACUAAUACAUGAUAAAAGAAAAUAAAUAUUAAAAAAGAAACUUCGUUCGUGACUUUUUUUUUUUUGUUUCUUAAUGUAUUAUAUUGUAUGCCCAUUUAGUGCAGUUACGUUCAUGACUUUCAAAAACGUUCUUCGAAGAAUAAAAUUGGCCUUUGAAAUUAUCUUAAGAACAUGUGAACGUAGCUUUGACUCCAUGGAUUGACGGGGUUAUUAUUAUCAUUAUUAUAACUAUUUUAAUGUGCUGAAAUUUCUUGCCUUUUAAUUAAGCCUUGUUAAUAGUUCAAGGAAUAAUAAUGUUAUGGCCAGUCAGUUCACGGUGUGCUAAGCGUCAUACGUCGGAAAUAUAUUUUGCUUUCUGAAAGAGGGCUCACUUUCCUCGUUCGUUUUAUAUUUAAACACUAUUUUAAUGUACUAGUCAUCAGAAAUAAAAUAAAAACUUAAUUGAUUGGUAGAAUGAAAAUUGGGAAUAAGCUGUCUUAGUAAAAAUGUAAUUCAUCUUAGUUAUCCAAAGCAGUGAAAAACAAAAGCGAAGGAAAAAUAUUUUUUGAAAUCAAAACUUUUUAGAUUUAAUAAAGAUUUGCUGCGAUUUUUUCUUCCUCAAACCAGUGGAAUUUAAAAUAGUAAACUGAAAUUUUGAUCAUAUCAUUAAAAAAAAAAAAAAAAAAAAAAAAUCGCUGCUUUGCCUCUUUUGGAUGUUUUUAGGGUCUUUCAGGACAUUUUAGAACAAAAAAGACAGUCUUCUAUUUGUUUAAGAAAUCAGUUUUUUUAUAAUUAACUUACAACUAGUUUUACCAAGAGGGUAAAAAGAAAAUUUUUUAUAUUUUUACAGAAAGAAAGAAAGUUUUAUGUAUAGUAAUUUAUGUAUAGUAUAUGUAAAUAGUUAAUGGUUUUACCAAUAUUUAUAACAAAGGGAAAAAGUAUAGUAUUUGUGCCUUUUUGGAUUUGGCAAAAAUUAGGCUUAAAGUUUUCCUAUCACAAUUUGAAUAUAAGUUUUUCACUGAUGUAAAAAGUAUUCUCUUUUACUGUUCAACAGUUUUAUGUAUUUCCGAUCGACAAGAAUAAAAUAAUGGUUGAGCAACCUCAGAACUCAAAUUAUUCAAUAAAUAUAAACAAAUUCAGGAAAUUAUUGUAAAUAGUCAAUCAAUAACAGUAAAAGUGCACAGAACUUUGCAAAAAUAAUCACUUCUAAAUUUCAGCAAAAAAGGGAACAUUGAAACUGACCAAAAUACGCGGUAACCUUAAGAAUUAGUUAUGAUUCGACUAGCUGGUAAUUCUAGUUGUUAAAAAAGCAAAGCAGAAUUUCAUACAAGAAUUCAUUUGUCUGCUAACGAAAAUUGCUACAUCUAUCAAAUUACGGGCAUGCGAAGACUUUUCAUUAGCAGUGAAGAAUAUGAGCUUGUGCUUGAGAAGAUUUUAUGCAUUAUUCAUGUGCCAAACUGUGACUCUUUUUGGUUGACAGGAACUCAGAUUUAUUAUGUAGACAUAAUAGCAAUCAGGAUUAGUGAGCUUGAAAUAGCAAAAUGCAAUAGCACUAAUAAAAUGUUACUUCUAUUCUGAGUAGUUGUAUUGCAUUCUCGAAUUAUAUUUCAAGUUAUAUCGAUAUUUUCUAGCUUGUAUGCACCACUACAGCAGUCGCAAUGAAUUAUUGGUCGAGUUCUUGCAAUAGUCGUUAUGUCAUAUUCAUGUGACUUCAGUGAUGUUCUAACAUGCUUCUAAGCCAUUUCAUAUUUUGAGCAGCACAUAUGCAACUUCCUUGACAUUCAAUCCCUCCCUCCUUUAAAGUUACAGGGUGCAAAGCUAUAACUCCGUUAAAGUUACAGGAUCUUAAUGGAGUGUCUUUUUUCAACCUAAAAGUAAUCCUCAUUAAAGGUACUGGUGAGGUCACCCUCGUAAUGGUUUUUGGAUUGGUCAAGACUGGCAAUUUUCAUAAAGGUAUUAAUAUCCUAAGGAAAUCGUCCUAUCGUGAUGUUCAUUUGAUAAUAAUCAAAUGACUGGCAAUUAUCUGGUGAUAGUUAUUAAAAGUACUGAUGGAGGAUAUGCGAGUGGUGGUUUCUAGUAGCUGAACACUGAUAACUAGUAUCCUAAAGAAAUUGUCGCAUCUUGAUGCUCAGUUAGAACUAAUCAAGCUAAUAACAAUUAUCCGGUUAUUAAAAAUGCUAGCGAAAAGCGCCCUUGUGAUGAUUUCAUAGAUGAUGAAUACCGACGAAUAACCUAAUGAAAUUGUCCCAUCUUGGGAAUGUUGAGAUCGGAAUAGUUAUUAUGUGCGAUUAUUUCCUUUCCUGUAAAUAUAUGUCAAAGAAACUGUGAAUGGCCUCCUUAUGCCUUAAGUUGUGCCAGCUACAAUGCAUUUAGACAAGCGUCUAUGUUGCAACGACUAUGGCAAGAACUUGAUUGCCUACUAAAUAUGCAACAGAUGGAAUCAUGUACAGAAAUCUGUAAAUUAAUGCUUUGCCUGUCUUCAGAUGCCACAGUUUAUCUUCUGUCGCACACAGUUACUUUUCCCAUAAAUGUUCAUAUUUCCCGCAAAUGUUUCCUUUUGAAUUAAUCUAUGGAUAAAAAUAUAAUAAUUACUACGAUAAUUUUAUUUUGAUUUCGAGUCUUCUAUGUUUUUUUUUUUUUUUUUAAUUUUAUUUAUUUAUUUAAAACGGUAUAAUUUCUUAACUACUAUUUGAUUGGUGGAUUUUCCAGUUCUUCCCUCUGUCAUCUUGUGGUCAAAAUCGUGGUGAUUUAUCUGCUGCUAUUUCCCAUCUCCUAUACCCCACUUCUCUGGUAACGGAACGUUGAAUUUUUCUCCAUUCUUCCCCUUUCCAAAAAGUUGUUGAGAUAGGUAUUUCUUGAGACAAAGAAGAUUACUUGAUAAAUGUUUAUUGACUAGUUAAAUUUAACAAUCUGAUCAGUACGCUAAUUGUUUCGAAGUAAAUUUAGAACGAUGCACAACCGAGAAAUGCAGCUCCAGUUUCAAUCACAUGUGAUUAUUCUUAAUUAGCCUUUUCAUGUUUUCAUUCAUGUCUGUUUAAAACAGGUUCAUGACUUCAUAGAAACCUGAAUUUAUUGUAACCAAACAUGGUCAUCCUUUGCUAAUAUUCGAAAGUGGAUCAUAAACAUUAAAAAGAAGUUUAAAAAAUGACAAUAGACGUUGGAUUUGCCGAGAAGCCUAUUGCAUUGGAAUAUUAUAUUAUUAAUAAAUUCUGAAGAUGAUGUAUCGCAAGAAAAAGAAUCUACCUGCAUUUUGAAUAUAACUAAGUUGGAGAGACAGGAGGCGGGAAAAAAAAAAAAAAAAAAAAAAAAACGUAGUAUAAAGUUAAAAGAAAAGUUUUCGUGAGGAAUUUUGCUUUUAAUUGAACGAUACAUUAUCGCUUCUGUCUUUUGGCAGCAUAAUAAGUAUAUGCAGUAAGAAAUAUUCAUGCAGUAAGUCUAUGAUAUGCAUUUGUAAUUAGUACGUAAAUCCAUACUUUUGUUCAUAAUAAAAUAUGGGAAUAAAUAGUUAUUAUCAAGUUAAUAUAAUGGUUAUUACUAUUUUUAAUAAUACAGUUAAUACAUUAAUAAUAUAAUAGUUAUUAUUAACAUAGUAGUUAUUACUAAUAUAAUAGUUAUUUAUUAAUAAUAUAACAGUUAUUCAAGAUUACAAAUAACUUCAAAUAUAAUAGAUUUCUAGCAAAAUUUUAUAAAUUACCGUAUAUUUCUGUGUAUAAAAGGAGAAUUUUGGAACAUUUUCUAAAGCUAAAUUAUAGGGUCGUUUAUAAUCUCGCAAAAAACAUAGGUACUUUUCCGUUAGCUGUGAGCAAGCGAUCGUCGCCAAAUAUCUCACUUUUUUUUUUAAAUUUUAGUUUAUAUAUUUCAUUAGUUUAUGAAAAUGUUUAAUGAAGUGAGAUAUUCUUUUUAUGAAAAUGAGUUGUUUUGCUUCUUAAUUUUUUUAUAAUGCUGGUUUGAUACGUCGUCGCCAACGCGAAAAAUCUUAUAUUGGCGAAAUUUGCAUCCCUCUUUCUCCGUUCUCGAACUUUGUUUUUAUUUACAGAGUAAAGCCGAGCAGCUAUACUGCUGGUAGAAUUUUCAUCAAAGGCGAUUACUUGUAGUGUAGUUUGAAAUUUGCUGUUUAAGAAUUUUUCUUCCUACUUAAUUAUCAGACAAAAAAUAAUAUGGUGUAUAAAAUAAGGCUAACACCAAAGAACAAGUAUGUAAAGAAGGAAAGCUUCCAUAGACGUAGUGUAAACGCGUUUGACUACGGCGCCACUAAACCGUGGAAGGACAAGUUCUCGUCGCCAAAUCACCAGGUGUAUAGAAAAUUGAGAAAUACGGUACGAAACCACAGAACUUACAGUUCGUUCUUUCCCAAAAUUUUUCAAAAUAAUUUAAACACGGAUUUUCGUAGAUUAUAUUACUCAAAAUAAAUCAUUAUUUAAUUGCGUAGAUCACCGAUUUCAUUUAUGGCUAUACAACGGGGGGGAUGAUAUUACAAAAUUUUUAAUUCUUUGCAAACAUGACUUUCGACACCUGUUGGACAUACUUCGCGCAUGCGCAAAGAAAUGCUGAGGCUGGAUGGAUAGCCCCUGCAAAAGAAACUUUUAAAAAGUUAGUUCACUUUUCCCUCUGUGGUUUGACGGAGCCACUCCAGCUUUGGUUUCUUUUUUAAUAUACACGUUCUUUGCCGACAGAUGUCACAAAUCGUUAAGAAGACAACAAAUGAAUGGAAAAAAUGUGCUAACUUCAGACAGAAUUACCAGAGUUAAAAAACUAUCGUUUAUUGGCUUCUGGCAUCCAUCUUUACAGCAAUUCGAUAAGAAAAUAAUGCACACUUUGAAUUUGUUUUAAUUAUUAUUAUUAUCAUUUCCGCUGAUAUACGGGUUUUGAAUUUUUGAUGACAAAGCGUAUACUCUCGGAUUAUAUUCGGACAUAUACUGUAGAUCAGUGGUAAAAUUUCGUUCUCAUUCGUAAAUAGUAGUAGUAUAUAUAACAGAAAAAUUAUCAAGUUUCUAAUCUGUAAUUUUUAAUAAUUUAUUAUGCGUCUUAUUGUAUAAUUAUUACAUGCGCGUGGAUAUGAGUAAGUUACAUACAUUAAAAAGUACAUAAAAACAGUCAAACUUAUAUAAUACCAGAUUAUAGUUCUCUUAGAUCAAACAGUAAUUUUUAAGCUGUCAUUACAUCAAAUUAAUUCUAUUAUCUGCUAGAAAACAAUUAUAAUGAAUUCUUCAGUAGCGACCAUUUUCCUAAGGCGACAUUUCUGAAAGAGAUCUGUAUUUUUAGAACAUAAUAUCACCUUUAGAAUGUGAAUGGUUGAAUAUAAAGAGGACUCGCUGUACUUUUGAUAAGCAUGCGCAUUAGUCUUAAUUAUAAAUUUGUUGCAUUUAUAUUAUCUUUCAGAGUAGUAUGAAGUUAUAGUUCUGUUGCUUUAAAAAUACGUAAAACUUUAAAAAAAAAGCUUUAUAUAACAAAAUUUUAAGUAGAUUCUAAUACAAAUAUUUAUAACACGCUUAAAAUCCAUUAUUCUCCAGAAAAUAAAUUGUCUAAGGAAAUAUUAACAAAUAUUUGUAAUUAAAAGCUCGUGCCACCACCAAAGUGCGGGCCACCUCGUAUAAAUUGUUUUAAUUGACGAAAGCACGUAUUCAUGGUAUCAAAAGGGAAAGGGGGAAUCGAUGGGAAAAAGUAGACAAAUCGGCAGUAUUUUGAGCAGAGGAGGAAUCGAGAAAGGACGAAAUGACACUAAGCCUUUGACGGCUAUUAAAUCCAAACCAUUCAGAAGCAUAUCAUAAGUUUUUAUUACCUCUCUAGACAUUUUUUUAAAAAAAUCCUUCAACUGAAAUAUAUUUUCUCUGUGUACAUAUUAAUAUUCCUAUAUAUUACAUUGAUUAACGGUGUUUGAUAUGUUACCUAUGUCACCGUGUUACAAUUUUUUUUCCCCCGUGCAAUCCAUGGAAAACACUGAAUGGAAUCAUACUAAAUAAAAAAAUAAAUAAAACGUGCGCGUGAAUGUGUUUCUUUAUUAUUUUCGUUUACUUUAAUAAAAAUGAAAUAUAAUAAUUCUCUUGUAUUUUAAGGAAAUGAAGGUGGAAUGCAGACAGUAAUGAAUGUUCGAGAGCUUAAUUUAUAGGUCGUUGAUUUUAAGGGGCAUUCUUUUAUGUUCAUUGAUGGACUAUAUCGAUAAUCGUGUAUAAUGGAUAAUAAUGUCUAUCGAUAUAUGUUCUCAUUCGCGAUGUUUGUAUUACAUUUUGUUUGUUUAUUAGUAUAAUUAUCUCGGCCUGUAUUCCCAGCCAACUGUGGGGCAAUUUGUGUGUUGCAAUACUGUGGAGAACACACUCCACAGACAAUUUUUUGAUAAAUAUAUAUAUAUAAUUUAUUUCAGCAACGGGGUGACGCAGGCAUUAAUUUUAAAUUUUCUUCUCCAUUUGUGUAUUAUUCAAUUGUUUUAUUACUGUUUAUCUUGUGAUAGCGUAUGCGUUUAUGAUCUUUUUAACUAUUGCAUAUUUUUGUGUAUGAUUUCCUGAUCAAUCAUCUUCAUUUAUAUUUCUCGAGUGUCUAGCACAAUUUCUUCUUAAUAAAAAAACAAUUGCAGUCAAGUA